UAAGGAAUCAGUAUGGCACCCUCAUUGCAUCGGCGCAUGCCUGACGACGCAUUCGACACUCACAUAGAAUCAGAAACAAGAAACGACGACGCCGACUGGGACGCCAUGGAACCGUGGUUAAUAGCUGUCAUUGUUCUCGCGUCUCUCACUGCGAUAUCAUUAAUUAUACUCGGGGCGCUAUAUUUGGCACGCAGACGGCAGCGCACUGAGCGAGAAAGCAAAGAAGACCCGCUCCACCAACGGGACCACAAGAGACGCAAAUUAAGCGAUUCAGAUCGGAUGGCCGCAGAGGAAUUGGAAAGGGCUCAAAUGAUCCGGAAGUCUCUAGCAAGUCGGACGUCGUCACACGGCGAAAUCGAAGGUCACCGCCACUCACGUAUGUCGGAUUAUGAAAUGGAAGAAGCCGAUCACUCGGAGCGCGAGCCCAUGGCGCCCAGAGAUAAUUGGAAGGAUUGGGAAGCCGGGAGCCAGGCACAGAGACCAAUUCCUGGUGUUCAGGACCUCGAGAUGGGUGUACAUCCGGCACUUCUACCGCAACCUCAUCCUCAAUUGGUCAUUUCGCAUCCUUCGCGAUCGCCGUCGCCUGCGAGAGGUAUAACACCACCGCGAUUAUAUAUUCCAUCGUGAGUGGAUGGAAAUCUAUUGAACAUUUAUUUGCAUUUGGUCUAUUUAAUGGGAUAGAUAUUAUCGGGAUUUGGAGUUAUGAUACCACGGGGAGCAUUGCGUCGGCGUUUAGGAAUAAUGGCUAAUCUCUAGUAAUGAUAGUGUAUGAUCUUCAUAAUUCUCAAUUUACACCAUUUAUAUA